CGACAACAGGUUGCGCCCUGCCCAGAUAGGAGGCUAGUCGGGCCGCGCGCCGACCGUCGCAUGAUGUCAUUCAUCACGACACACUCACACAUACAACUCGUUUGCAAGCCAACGCUGUUUACAUUCUAUACGCAGUGACUUCACGGCGACUAACCGUGUCUGUGAUUUAUUUAUUAUAAUUAUUUAUACGCAUUACAUAGUUUAGUUAGUUCAAACAUGGCCAACAAUCGUGCUACCAAAUCCGGAUUUGCCGCCGAAGCACAAAGAAAGAUCAACAGCAAAUACAGCGAGGAACUAGCUCAGGAAUGCCUGGAGUGGGUACGGCAGAUCACCGGCGAGCCACAAAAUGUUUCCGGAGAUAUGGACAACUUCUACGAGGUCUUGAAGGACGGCACGCUUCUUUGCAAGUUGGUAAACAACAUUCAGCCUGCCAUGGUGAAAAAGGUCAACGAGUCCAAGAUGGCGUUCAAGUGUAUGGAGAACAUCAACGCGUUCCUCGAGGCGGCCAAGAACCUCGGAGUACCCGCGCAAGAGACGUUCCAAACCGUCGACCUGUGGGAGAGACAGAACCUCAACUCGGUUGUGAUCUGCCUGCAAUCUCUUGGGAGAAAGGCCGGAAACUUUGGCAAGCCUUCGAUAGGUCCCAAAGAGGCUGAGAAAAACGUGAGGAACUUCACGGAGGAACAGCUGCGAGCUGGCCAAGGCGUCAUCUCUCUGCAGUACGGAUCAAACAAGGGUGCCACACAGAGCGGUAUCAAUUUCGGGAACACACGACACAUGUAAACCUCUUUCUCUAAAAAUGUUUGACAAGGUUUUUUUAAUGAGAACAGUUUUAGGCAAAACUAUUCGGAACAUUUUUUCAGGCAGGUUAUUUUGAUAAUGUCAUAUUGUAAUGCAUUAAUUUCUUUUUUUUGAAUUGCGUAGCUUUUGCUUUAACACGUUGUUCGUUUUUCUUUUUUAAGUGAGACUUUAUUAUAUUUCUAGUAGAUAUAGGUAUCUUUUAGAUACUCAAAGCUCUUUAAUAUGACUAGAAUAUGACUAUGAGUUUUGCUUAAAAUUGUACAAUUAAAAUACCUAGAUUGUUAGAAUAUUAAAUAUUUCUAAAAUGACGAUUAUCUCAAUUAAAAAGCGUUGAAUAGAUUCAGUAUGUACUUAGAAUUCCACUUAAUUACUUAGAAUAUUUGAUUACUAUAUGGACCAUUCCGAAUAAUGUGGACUGCGAAUCUCUUUGAGUGUCAAUUUUUUUUAUAAUAUUUAAAAAUUAUCCUUUCAGUCAUUAUUUCGUAAUAAUUUAGCAUUUAGUUUUGUAUAAUAUAAUAAUCAUUCCGGAAGUCAUUCCUAAUUUGGAGUUUAUUAUUUUGUGCUGUUACAAUGUUGAUGAUACUAACCUUAAAUGGGGUUUUUUAGUUUAUAUUUUAAUAAGUUUAAAUCAGAUAGCAAUCUACGUAAAUUUGAAACAUGACUAUUCGUAAAAAAUGCUUAUUUAUUCUUGUUAUGUGCCAAUGUUAUAAUAAAAAUAUCGCACUUUUUACUAAACAGUACAAUUUAUAUUAUCAUUAUUGUAAUUAAUUACUUUAUUAUUACACGUUUUCGACUAUAAAAACUAUUGUGCCUUGAAGCUCCAUAGGAGCUUUGAAACUGUCUUUCAAAAAGUAAAACGAAAGGAAAAUUGGCUUCCUUCAUUAAUAAUUUAUUGUUUAAAUAAAAUUUUAAAUUAAUCAUUCCAGAGUUUGUAGUAUUUUAGUACACACUGUGAUUAAUGAUUUUAUUAUAUUAUAUACUUUACAAUAACUAUAUUUUCGUAUUUAUAGUUAUCUACAUAAUUAUGCACUUGAUGCGUAAGAAAUAAUUAAUUAAGUAAGUUUCGUGAAGUACUUUUCACUUCAUGGAAGUACCUAUGUAGAAUAAAUAAGUGAC